UCAGCUUUCUCUGCGUUCCUGCAAGAUGACAAGGUACCACAAAGCAGCGGCUGAUGGACACAUGGACCUCCUGAAAGAGGCCACCAGGAAGGAUCUAAACACUGCGGAUGAGGAUGGAAUGACUCCCACUUUACUGGCUGCCUUCCACGGACAUGUCGAGGCUCUUCAGCUCAUAUGCAGCAGAGAAGGCGAUCCAAACAAGAGUGACAUCUGGGGGAACACGCCCUUGCAUCUUGCAGCAGCGAAUGGCCACAUGCACAUCCUCAGCUUCCUGGUCAACUUUGGAGCCAACAUUUUCGCCCUGGACAAUGACUUCCACACGGCCAUGGAGGUCGCCGCGUCUCGCGACCGCAUGAACUGCGUGCGUUUCCUCGACGACGCCGCCUCGAAGCAGACCAACCAAAACGCAAGGAGGGUGGCCAACCUAAAAAAGGAGGCCGUUAAAGAGGCGGAAAAACGGGUGAAACUGUGCGAGAAGGUGAAGAAAAGACACCAGAGCAAGAUGGAAAAGAUGUACCGCGGACCGGGAAACACUGGGCCCGCGUCGGAGGCCAGCACGGGAUCGGCUUUCUCCAACGGCGGCACCAUGACGGGCGUUAAUGAGCAGUUCUCCAAGCUAAUUGCUUCAGAUAGAUCUGGCUCCCUUUCAGCCAGAGUGAAAGGCACACUCCAGAAGAAGCUUGGGAAGAAAGAUAAAGGCACGGCGCAGAGGUCAGGAGGAGGCGGGAACGUCAUCUUUCUGAAACAAGAGAACGAAGAGUCUGAGAAACCAGAGUUUCUAGAGGUCUUCAACGAGCAGGAUGAGAUCACGCAAGAGAAGAAGAGCUUCGAUGAGGAUGAUGAUGAUGGCAGUGAAGAAGAAGGCCAAGUCACGCAGUCCAUCUUCAACCGGCCUGGCCUCGGAGGCCUGAUCUUCAUGAAGAAGAUGGGCCUGGAAUCGGAGGACAUCCCCCACGGAAACAAUGAAGUUCUUGGCUAUCUUGUUAAGAACGAGUUAUUUGAGGCAGGGGAAGACGCCGCAGAAUUUGGGGAGGCCCCCGACGCCGACCUGCCUUGGAAUCAAGACGAUCUGGGCCUGGACGACGACGGAGAUGAGGAGACAUCUCCCCUGGAUGUGUUUUUGUCCGCCAUCUCCCUGCCUGAGUUUGCACAUGCAUUCAGCAGAGAGCACCUGGACCUGGAGGCGCUCAUGCUGUGCUCGGAUGAAGAUCUGAAAGGCAUCCGAAUCCAGCUGGGGCCGAGGAAGAAGAUCUUGGAGGCUGCUGCUCGCAGAAGGAAUGCACUGGAAGAUUGUGGAACCAUGAAGGACAGCAUCUUGUGA